AUGACCGCAUUAGCGGGGGGCAUUUCCAUGAUGAUGCGCCCCACGCCACCCCAAAACUACCCGAGAGGAGGCUUUUCCUUGGAGGUCUCAACGCCGUUAGGUCAGGGCCGCGUGAACCAGCUCGGUGGAGUCUUCAUAAACGGACGCCCUCUGCCCAAUCACAUCCGCCACAAGAUAGUAGAGAUGGCCCAUCACGGGAUACGACCGUGCGUCAUCUCCCGACAGCUGCGCGUGUCGCACGGAUGCGUUUCCAAAAUUUUAUGCAGGUACCAGGAGACCGGAUCCAUUCGGCCCGGUGCUAUUGGUGGCAGCAAACCCAAGCAGAGCACAACUCCCGAUGUGGAAAAGCAAAUCGAAGAAUACAAGAGAGAGAAUCCAGGGAUGUUCAGCUGGGAGAUUCGGGAUAAACUUCUGAAAGAUGGAAUCUGCGAUCGAAAUAACGUGCCCUCAGUGAGUUCCAUCAGCCGCAUGCUGCGCUGUAGAUUUGGUGGAAACGGAGAUGAGGAUGAGGAUGAUGAUGAAGUGGAAAAAAGGGAGAUCGAGGAAAACGAAAGAAGAGCCAAACACAGCAUCGACGGGAUUCUCGGCGACAGAUCAAGCCACUCAGACGAGGGCUCAGAUGUGGACUCAGAACCGGGUUUGCCAUUAAAGAGGAAACAGCGGCGCAGUCGAACCACGUUCACGGCCGAGCAGCUGGAGGAGCUGGAGAGAGCUUUCGAACGCACCCAUUACCCUGAUAUUUACACCAGAGAAGAGCUCGCUCAGAGAGCUAAACUCACCGAGGCACGAGUACAGGUUUGGUUCAGUAAUAGAAGAGCUCGUUGGAGGAAGCAGGCAGGAGCCAAUCAGCUCAUGGCGUUUAAUCACCUGAUACCUGGUGGUUUCCCACCCUCUGCGAUGUCGAGUCUUCAGCCCUAUCAGCUGGCGGACAGCCCUUACCCUCCCUCAUCUAUCUCACAAGCAGUAUCGGAGCAGCCCAGCACUGUGCACAGGCCCCAGCCUCUCCCCCCCACCUCAGUGCAUCAGACUGGGCUUGGCAGCGGACCGGGGGCCCAGGAUGGGAGUUCGGCCUACUGCCUCUCCUCUGGACGUCAUGGCUUCUCUGGUUACUCGGAUGGCUAUGUGGCUGCGCCGGGCCACGUAAACCCAGUGAACGCCACCAUCAGCAACGGCCUCCCAUCACAGGAUAGUGCAGCUCAAGGUGGCGCUACAAUGAACCACACAUUGCUUCUCGCCCUGCUGGCCAGGUGCCGACAGGCCAUUCUGAAGGAAAUUGAGACGAACCAUCAGGAUUCCAAGAUAACACGAACACUACAGCCCCGACCUCCACGGAUCUCGCCUACGACAACGCCUACUACUACAUCGUGUUUGUGA